CUUGAAGAUCACUCUCACUGCCUUCAAAUGGAUCUAAAUCUUCUGACUUCCUUUCCUUUCAUCUCCACAGAUUCAUAGACCGUGUACUCCCAAUUAUUUUCAUCAGAUUGCAGAAAGGCUUUGAUUUGGAUCUAAUUUUAUUUCCUCAAAAUUUACAUUUCAGCCAUGAAUUCACUUAAAACCGGCACGAUUUUCCUCAUAUCGGCCAUUUUUCGUGUGGGUUUAAUCCUGUAUGGUGAAUGGCAAGAUACCCAUAUGGAAGUUAGAUACACAGAUGUGGAUUACAUUGUUUUUUCUGAUGCUGCUUCUUUAAUGGCUUCUGGUCAAUCUCCCUAUAAAAGAACCACUUACCGUUAUUCACCUUUACUUGCUUUUCUCUUAAUCCCCAACUCUUUUAUUUCCGGUUCUUGGGGCAAGUUUCUCUUCUCAGCUUCAGAUUUAUUUGUUGGGUUGUUUAUUCGUAUCAUAUUGAAGCAGCGUAAGGUGCCUGAUCAUCUAUGCACGUAUUCCAUGUUGAUAUGGCUUUUCAACCCAUUUACGUUCACAAUUGGAACUCGGGGAAACUGUGAACCUAUUGUUUGUGCCAUGAUUUUGUGGAUUAUUAUCUGUCUUAUCAAUGGUAAUGUGGUACAAGCUGCAUGUUGGUACGGUCUUAUUGUUCACUUCAGAAUUUAUCCUAUAAUCUAUGCUCUUCCCAUCAUCCUUUUUCUUGAUCCACGCUUUUUGCAAUCUGGUGUGAAGCCAUUGCUGUGUGAUUGGACUUCUGAUCAAGGGAAGAUUCGUCAAAUUAAUUCACAAGUGACUGAUCAGUUUGAUGCAUGGAUUGCAUUUAAAAGCAUAUUCACAAGGUCAAGAAUUUUGUUUGGCCUUGUUUCAGGGAGUGUUUUCCUCCUUUGUACUGGUGUUUUCUUCGUAUUAUAUGGAUGGGAAUUUCUACACGAGGCAUUGCUCUAUCAUCUUACUCGCACAGAUCCAAGACAUAAUUUUUCCAUCUAUUUCUACCAUAUCUAUCUUAACUAUGAACGUGAUCUUUCGGUUCUGGAAAAGCUCAUCUCCUUUUUGCCUCAGUUUAUAGUGCAGCUGGUUCUUGUUUUCUGCUUUGCUAACGAUCUAGUAUUCUGCUUCUUUGUACAGACAGUGGCAUUUGUAGCAUUCAAUAAGGUCAUAACAGCACAGUAUUUUGUCUGGUUAUUUUGCCUCUUGCCUCUUAUUUUGCCAUGGACCAAUAUGAAGCUUAAAUGGAAAGGACUAUGUUGUAUUCUUUUGUGGGUGGGAGCUCAAACCCACUGGUUGUUGUGGGGUUACCUGCUUGAGUUUAAAGGCAAGAAUGUCUUCCUACAGCUCUGGAUGGCAAGCUUACUUUUUCUGGCUGCUAAUACUUUAAUAUUGAUCCUGCUUAUCCGGCACCAUAACUACACUCCAGUAUUUAGACAGAAUACAGGUUUAAAGACAACACAAAAAAAGUGCGAGUGAGAGGACAAAGUUCUCGCAAGUUGCAACCAUCUCGGGUUAUGGAAUUUUCAUCUAGUCAACAAUGGUUACAACAUACGAGCUUUAUUUUUUUCCGGUGGUGAUUUGCGGGCUUAGAUUUCGAAGGAUUUUCUUUGCAGAGCUUGUAAGACAAAACAGUUAGAGAGAAAGCGUGUCUUACAAAAAUUUGGCCUAUGGCUAAAUCAAAUAGUAGUAUGGUUGAAGCCAUCAAUGAAGCAUCAAAGUGAGAACAUAUUCC